AGAAAGUUUUGCAUGAUAUUCCUUAUCGGAAAUUCCACAUCCAACUACACCGUCUGUUUUCCAAUAUUCAUUCUCGAGGACACAAGAGCCCUAAAAUUUCCGUAUUCAAUGCUCCAAGCUCUGGAAUUUGUGCUCACUUUUGUCUCGUUCUACUAUGUUAUCAAGUGUUGCUACGUGGCAAUUCAUAUUAAAAGUUUUCACCGGAAUUUGACAGUUUUAUUGAUUAUUUUAAUGAUUCAGUGGUUUGAAGGAUUACUUUCCAAUAUUUUAAUUAAGCCCUAUGAAACCGGAUUUUGGCCGUUGGGAGAACACAACACACAGUUAAAACAAUGGUGGACAAAAGACUACUCAAAAAUGAUCCAAGUUCCAAAUCUUUCAACAUUUCCCAAUUUCUUCCUCGGUGGAUUUCUCAAAUGGCAUUAUAUUCUCUCAAUGAUAACUACUCUCCUGGUAAUGUCAAUCGAAAGAUCAUUUGCCUGUUAUUUUCUGACCGAUUAUGAGAAAAAGUCACGGAAUGGGUUAUUCUUCAUGUUGGUUGUUGGUCAAACAUCUACGAAUUUAGUGAUGGGUUAUUUAUUUUUCUUUAACGCCGCACAUUUUGCAGUUGGUUUUAGUAUUAUUCUAUCGACGAAUAUUAUUGCGAUGGGGAUAUUCACCUACGUAAAACAUGUGAAUCGUCAAGUGAAUCGAGCAAUCGAAGAUUUCUCAAAUCCUUCGCUAUACUGUCUUCCGGCAAGAUUUCAAGUUCGCGAGAAUGUCCGGUGCUUUCAAAUGAUAACGAAAGUAAUUCACGCAGGACUUUUUCUGAUUCUUACCGCCUGUUUUGUCAAUUUAUUCAUGUAUCUCGAGUUGACGCCUGGCCUGGAUCCAUUGCUGAAUCUUAUAUUUGAAAGUGCCAUUAAUUUAAACCCCGUGGUAAUCGUGCCCACCCUACUGGGCUCUGUCAAUGCUUGGCGCAACUUCACAUUUUCCAGCGGCGUCUGCUUGGGCUUCAAGGCCCAAGUCCGGCUGAAAAUCAUAAAAGUGAGCUCCGUAUCGAUUGGCAAUGACGGAGCAAAAAGUGAUCGAACUCGGAAGGAGACGGAUGCGUAUUUCGAUCAAUUGAACUCGGCGUGGAUUUGAAUGAAAUCAAAAUCAAAAUAAAAAUUUUUUACAAAGAGGAAACUGAAUAAAAAAAGUGAUCAGG